AAAAGCACCACCGCAAUGUAAACAAAAUAGUAAACAAUUUUAAUUAAUAAAUAUUUAAUGGACUUACCGCUUCUAGAGUUGACAAAACUGCUUCCACGUUGGGUGGACAUAGAAAAUCUACUCCAGGAUGAACUUGAGGCUCGCUUUAUACUCAAAAAAGCCACAAGUCACAUGGAAAAGCUGCAGACUGGAAUUUCUGGCGGAGAUUCGGAUGAGGAGGAGGAAAUAAGAUACCUUAUAUGUGCUCUAGUGGACAGAAACUGGGAACGCAUACACACAGGGCAUUUUAGCAGUGUUUCAUUGAAUAUAAGGAAGAUAUAUGCCAUAGGAUGUUACUUUAAGAUAUUUUUCCUGCUUCUGGAGGACACGAGCCCAGCUCAAAAGGAAGUAUGCAGUGGGAUCCUGGAUGAGGCUCAGUUGCUGGGCUGCAUGGAGGAUUGGAGUGAACUGAAAGUAGCCUUAAUGGAUUACCUGGAUAAAGGAAAGGAGGAGAAUCCAAAACUGCUGCCCGUUUUGGAGCCUUUACUUCGGGUUUCUUGCACUUGUGAUAUACCUCAGCUAGAUGCACCCAACUUGAAGGAAUUCCAAACCAAAUGCUUUCAAGCUGAACAACCCACACUCCUCCUCAACACCAUCGAGCAUUGGCCCGCCAGGAAAAAGUGGCUGGAUCUCAAUUACCUGCUCAAAGUGGCAGGAAAUCGCACUGUUCCCAUAGAGAUUGGCUCUAACUACGCCAGCGACGAGUGGUCCCAGCAGCUGGUCAAGAUCAGAGAUUUUCUUGAGAGGCAGUUUAGUACCAAGAAAGCUAACCAGGAGAUUGAGUAUCUUGCCCAGCAUGAGCUCUUCUCCCAAAUACCAGCCCUGAAAAGCGAUAUAUCCAUUCCGGAUUACUGUAGCAUUAGCAAAGAUGAUCCGCCAGGAUCUGUGGAUAUUAAAGCCUGGCUGGGACCAGCGGGCACCAUUUCAGCCAUGCACUACGAUCCAAAGCAUAAUUUGUUGUGCCAGGUUUUUGGUUCCAAGAGGAUUAUACUUGCUGCUCCCAAGGACACGGAGAAUCUGUAUCCCCAUGAAAGCGAGUUUCUGGGUAAUACCUCUCAAAUAGAUGCUGCCAAAUUGGAUAUGGUGGCUUAUCCUCUGCUGGAAAAUGUCAAGUUCUAUGAGCUACUUUUGCAGCCUGGAGACUGCUUGUAUAUGCCUCCAAAAUGGUGGCAUUAUGUGAGAUCCGCAGCACCUAGUUUCUCUGUGAGCUUCUGGUGGGAGUAAUUUUAAUAAAUGAGAAAGAGUUUUGUACUAUCUGUCGUGUGGCAUUACUCAUCUUCUUUUGCUUUCAUUUUUUAUCACUUAGAAGUGUUUGUUUGUUUUUUUUUUCUAGUAAAAAUAAUUAACCACUAUUAACUUGAGUAUUUGCAAACUUUUAGACUUAAAAUCAACAAUGAAAAGUGUUCCGUCUCAUAAUUUGCUUCAAAAAUUGCUUAUUGCUAAAUCAAAAGCUCACACAGCAAACAAGUUCUAUAAAACACAUAGGAAAUGCUACGUAUAUAUGCUUGCUAUCAUAGAGAUUUCUUUGUGUUUGUGGAAAUUUCAUUAUCAUUGUGUUAUUUUUGGACAUUUCAUGGCAUUUCAAGACACCCAGAAAGAAUGUGCAAUAGUUGUAUGUUAUAAUGCAAUCUACUAAAAACCCCCUACAGUUACUAUACUUCCGAUUUUCGCUGCGAACAUUGACCGACAGCUGGACAAACAGGUCGCCCUCUGACGUCA